CCGUACUUAGGGAUUAUUGACCAUUGCCAUUUUCAUACGCAGAGAAAAGUCAUGACUCACAUUGUGACAUGUAUCAGUGUCCUGCUGUUUGUACUGGCGGUCUCAGCCCAAACCACUGUACAACCUUGUGAGGACGGAUGGGUUGCCUACAACGGCAACUGUUACUACAUAGCUGACAACGAGAACAAGGCGUCGAGGGCAGAUGCUUUAACAGAUUGUGUGAACCGCAAGGCAGACCUACUCAUAUUGGAAAUUCCCGAGGAAGUGGAGUGGCUGAAACAGGAGCUGGCGUAUGCCAAAUCCGACGGCUGGUGGACAAGGUUAUACAGACCUUUAGGCAAGACUAUAUUCCAGUGGGACGUUGACUACCCACCUGACCCAACUGUUCUUCAGUGGAAUCUGGAACCGGACAAUGCCAAUGGCAAUGAAAAUUGUGGGGCCAUAAAUGAACAGACGGGCUUCAGCGAUGAGGAUUGUGCUCGGAAAAUCGGCUUCAUCUGUGAAAUAAAUCAAGAGGGCUGUCCGUUCGACUGGCUGAUCGCGAAUGACCAAUGUUUUUACAUCAGUAACACCUACAACAUCACCCAGCUAAUGACAUGGAAACAGGCCAAUGCCAAAUGCGCAUCAAUGGCAAGCGGGGGAAGGUUGGCUGAUUUAAGCAACUAUGACGCACAAGACUAUUUAAAGUCAGUACUUCCGGAGCAAACGCAAACCACUCUACCGUGGUGGACGUCUCUCAACCGGAAAAGUAAUCAGUGGUACUGGGGCACAACGCCAGCUCAGAACGUUGAGGAUCUUAACUGGUUGCAAGAACCGAACAACUUAAGCGGAGCAGAAAAUUGCGUCAUGUUGUACGGCAACGGAAAAUUGGCAGAUAAGGAUUGUGAUAGACUGGCGAACUACGUUUGCAAAACCAGUGACAAUUCAAUACCCAAGGCCUAUGACGGCCGGCUCGGAUGUGGAUCGUGGAUCAGAGGGGGCGAAAAAUGUUACUAUUUUGAAAACGACUUUCUGGAGACACACGAUGUUGCCCAACAAAAGUGCAGGGAAAAAGGCGGGGAUUUGCUGAAGAUUCAAACCGAGGACGAAAAGAACUAUCUUUCCUACAUGACACUGUUCAACAAUGUCGGAUAUUGGACACAGAUGACUGCCCCUUCUAGUGAUGGAGUCUGGACAUACAGUGAUGGAACAAAGCCCCCAGAUGGCGUAGUGGUAUGGAACAUAGAGCCUAAUGAUUACUCAGGAAUCCAGGACUGUGUGGGCAUACUCGUGAAGCAGACCUGGGAUGACAUGUCCUGCGGUCACGCAGCCGGCUAUAUAUGCGAAGCUUUGAGUCAAGGAAAAGGUUGCCCAGGAAAUUGGACGGCUUUUGGACAGUCCUGUUACUUUUUCGGCCCAUUAACAGCUCGUGGAGGGAAAAUGAACUGGUGGAUGGCGCGACGAGUUUGCAGGAAUAUGGCAGAGCCUUUGGCUGGCUCUCUUCUCGCGGUCGACACUCCGGAAGAAUUGGCGUUUGUCAACUCUCAGUUGACCGCUCGUCAGGACAUGAGCCUGUUUCAUUGGACUGGUCUGAACGACGUGGCUGCUGAGGGGACCUUAGUCUACGACUCAUAUGACGUCCUACCGCGUCUAGAUAUAAUUCCGUGGGAUAUAGCUCCCUCCUGUACCACUUGCUCCCCAGACUGUAGCGUACUUCUUGUCACGGGCUCCUUCGCAGACAUUCCGUGCACUACCGAGAACAAUUACGUGUGUGAGAGAACUUCAGCCGGUUCCAUUUCCUCGCCUUGGUUCUUCAGAACAACAGGUAGUGGGUUGGUUCUCUCUACUCUAAUCGUCUCACUAUUAGUCCCCUCAGCAUGAGCCAGCUGACACUAAUGCAGUCUCCAUUAGACCAUUCUUACCUCUCUGUCUGCUCUCUUCAGAGCGCCAGUCUGACCGGCUUGCAGGGAGACAUAUGCCAUUGUUAACUUCAUUUUACCUGCGGUGGAAAUGCUACCUUGGUGUUUAUCUCAAGGAAGGAACAUAGAGGCUUCCGUUAUUUAACCGCUAUUUGUUACUUAUGGGAUAAUAAAAACUCUAGACAUGGUUAAAUUUUGCUUCACUGUUUCUAAGUAUUUUGUAUUCACUUUUUACCAUCUGUUACCGACCACGUACAAUUAGGAGUACUUAUAUUCUAUUACCUUCACGUAAAUUUGUCUCUUUACGUACAACUGUUAGAAACCUGGCGUCCUUCAUGUGAACUAGAUAAAUAAAUUUAUUGAUUUUGGUAUAAAACCACAUGCUUUCUUUUUAUUUGG